AUGUCAGGAUCAGGAGCGAGUAGUAGCAAUCAAACGUCUGUCAGUAUUAAUAUUAGAGAUGUAACAAAAGUAGUAUCUUCAAUUCGAGGAAAGCUUUGCCAAAAGUCUCCAAUACCAGCUAAAUGUUCCAUAUUUAGAGUCCCGGAUAAACUACGUAAGUAUAGUGAAAAAGCUUUCGAGCCAGAGUUAGUUUCAAUUGGCCCAUUUCACCACGGGAAGGAGAAGCUACAACCAAUGCAAAAAAUCAAGUUAUGGUAUUUGCAUUGCUUCCUCAAUCGAGCACCAACUACAGAAACUAGUUUGGAGUGCUUUGUAGAAGCCAUUGGAAGAAUCGAGCAAGAAUGCCGUGCAUGUUACGCAGGAGAAGUUAGUUUUGCAGAAAACGAGUUCAUAGAGAUGAUGGUGGUUGAUGGUUGCUUUAUCAUUGAGUUAUUCCGCAGAGCUUCAAAGGAGGUGCAACGAGACGAGGAAGAUCCAGUGUUCAAUACGCCAUGUCUGUAUUGGGGUUUAUAUAACGAUCUGAUUCUACUCGAGAAUCAGCUCCCUUGGCGCGCGCUUGAUUGCCUGUUCAACCUGACCAAGUCACACGAUGAACAAAGGUCUCUACCUAAUCUUGUCCUUUCGUAUUUUACAUUCGAAUGGUCCCCUCGCGAUAACCUCAAACACGAGCACAUACUUGAUUGUAUUCGAAACUCCUACAUCGGAACAAGCACAGCAACACCGACCGACGCAAGAGUGAUCUCAUAUCCAGAGCAGAUUCCGUGCGUGAUAGAACUUGUGCAAGCUGGAGUUAAGUUCAAAGUGGGAAGUAGAAACAAGUACUCCCUGCACAACAUAACAUUCAAAGAUGGAGUGAUGACAAUCCCACAGAGGUUUGUUUCAGAGGAUUCAGAAUCCUUAUACAGAAACCUCAUUGCAUUUGAACAGUGUGAUCCAAGCAAGGACUUUAAAGUGACCUCUUAUGCUAAGCUGGCGGACGAUCUUAUUAACAGUAGCCAAGAUGUAGAUUUUCUCAAAAAUCAAGGAAUUCUAAAGAUAUAUUUGAGCGCCGAGGACGUAGCAAGUAUCUUCAAAAGGCUUUAUAGGGAUGCUUCGGUCGGUGCUUUCGUUUACUCGGACCUUUACCGUGAAGUGAAUGCAUAUUGUAGGCGCCCUUGGAACAGAUGGCGAGCAAUGUUGAAGCGCGACUAUUUUGGCAACCCAUGGACGAUCUUGUCGCUCAAUGCUGCAGUAUUGAUUCUAGUUUUCACCUUUUCAGGAACCAUUUAUUCUGUCCUCUCUUACUAUCGACGCACCUCUUAG